AUGAAGCUCAAGCUGCUACUGCUGCUUCUUAUCUUCCUGUGUACCUUCAUCAUACCUGCACUGUUGUUAAAAUCUGGCAAAAGGGGUAACAAGGAGAAACCAGGAGAGAGACGUGGCCAUAAACAUGGGAAGCGACGGGGAAGAGUAGAGGACAUACUGGCUGUCUACGAUGAUGAAAGCGAUGGUGAUGAUGAUGAAGACGAUGAUGAAAGGGGCGAAUGGCUGUUUGAACUUCAACAUCUCAGAGGGAAUUGCAACCCAAAUCCAUGUCUCAACAAUGGAGUGUGUGAGGACAAGAAAGGCACAUUCAAGUGCAAGUGUCCCAAAUCUUUCAAAGGGAGGACAUGUGAGAAAACUAGAAAGGUCUGCAAGAGGAAGACGUGUGGAUAUGGUCAGUGUGUUCUUACGUCAAGUCCUCCAUACUUCGAGUGCAAGUGUAUACCACCAUUCAAACCCCCCGACUGCAAAAAAAUUGCCCCAUGCGAAUGGAACCCAUGUGUAAAUGGAGGGACCUGUGAGAAAGAUGGUCAAGACUUUGACUGCAUCUGCAAUGCAGGUUUUUCUGGAAAAUUCUGUCAGGUCGGCCCAAAUGACUGCUAUGAGGAAAAUGGUGAGUCCUACAGAGGGCUGGUAUCAGAGACCGAGGAGGGAGAAGAUUGUCUUUUCUGGAAUUCUCACCGCCUUCUGGGUAAAGGAAUAAACCCCUUUGAUACAUUCAACGACCCUCAGGGUCUGGGUCCUCACAACUACUGCAGAAAUCCAGAUGGUGAAUCAAAGCCAUGGUGCUUCAUACAAUCAGGAAAGAAGAUAAGAUGGGAUCACUGUGAUGUGAGAAAAUGUCCCACUGAUCCCACUACCACUACCUAUCUGGAACCAAAGCCCACUACAGUGCUUGCCAUUCUCCCACUUAUAAGACCUAUCCCACUGGGUCCUUCAGAAAGUCCCACACCAGGAAGUGCCGCUGCUGGAAGACCCACACCAGGAAGUGCCGCUGCUGGAAGACCCACACCAGGAAGUGCCGCUGCUGGAAGACCCACACCAGGAAGUCCUGCUGCUGGAAGACCCACACCAGGAAGUCCCGCUGCUGGAAGACCCACACCAGGAAGUGACGCUGCUGGAAGACCCACACCAGGAAGUGACACGACUGGAACAUCUUUUCCAGGAAGUGAGGAUGUUGGAAGCAACACACCAGGAAGUGCCACAGCAGAAGAGCAGAACACAGGAGAUGCUAUACCAGGAAGCCACACCCCAGGAGUCCUUACCCCAUUAAUCCAAGUCUUACCCACCAUUCUGCCAGCGGACAGGGAGUUUGCAACCUGUGGCGAACCACAACCAAAAAGGCCAAUAAAUCGUAUUUAUGGGGGUAUAAAGGCACUUCCUGGUGGACAGCCAUGGCAGGCUUCUGUUCAGGUCAAACCCAAAGGUACAAUCCAGCCCUUCAGACAUGUAUGUGGAGGCACCCUCAUUAAGUCAUGCUGGGUGUUGACUGCAGGACAUUGUAUUGAGCAGAAAAAUGAUUUACGAGUGGUUUUGGGAAGUAUUCAUUUGGGGAAGAAUGAGCCAUUUCAGCAAACGCUGGAGGUUGCGGAGGCCAUUGUCCAUGAGCAGUACAGAGAGACAUUCGAUUCUGUCCAGAACGACAUUGCUCUGCUUAGGCUGAAAGAUAAAAACGGUACGUGUGCAACGGAGAACCAAUUUGUAAAGACAGCCUGCUUGCCCACUAAAGAUUUUCCUGAUGGAACCGUGUGCAGCAUAUCUGGAUGGGGAGCUACUACUGAAUCACAGCAUGGAUCUAGUCAGUUACUGGAUGCUGAGGUGUUGCUGAUUUCCCAGAGAACUUGCACCAGCCAUAAAGUGUAUGGGAACUCUGUAGAUAACAACAUGUUCUGUGCUGGUUACCUGGAGGGUGGAGUGGACGCGUGUCAGGGUGACUCCGGAGGGCCUUUGACCUGCGUGGAAAAUCUGAAACACUAUAUCUAUGGCAUCGUCAGCUGGGGAGACAGCUGUGGAUUAAAGAACAAGCCCGGGGUAUAUACUCGGGUCACACAAUAUGUGGACUGGAUCAACAGGAUAACAGUUAGGGCGGGUGUGUAAAUUCUCUUGGUGUUAAAGUAGUGCUGAAGAUGACAAAAUGCUGCGGUUUCAAAUCCGUAACAAUAAUUUGGCAAAGGUGCAUCAUAAAUUCAGCAUUUAUAGGGUUUUUCAUUCAAAUCG